CCGGACUGUCCCGGUCCCUGCAGGGACCGAGGGCCGCGGAGAGGGAAGGAGGAGAAAGCAGAAGCAGAAGAAGAAGAAGAAGAAGCGGGAUUUUUCUCCAGAAAGUGAAGAUGAAGGUGUGCGUGCUGCUCCUGGGUCUGGCCCUGGUUCUGACCGUGUGCGUGGCCCGGUCUCCUUACCAGGCGGUCCUGCAGCACAGCCGGAUCAGAGGCCGGACGCACGGACCCAACGUUUGCGCCAUGCAGCAGAUCAAAGGCACCAACAAGAAAUAUUUCACUAACUGCAAACAGUGGUACCAUCGAAAGAUCUGCGGCAAACCCACGGUGAUCACCUACGAGUGCUGCCCUGGUUAUGAGAGGAUUCCCGGAGAGAAGGGCUGUCCUGCUGCGCUGCCUCUUGUGAACAUCUACAACACUCUGGGCGUGGUCGGCGCCACCACCACUCAGAUGUACUCCGACCGAGCCGAACUCAGAGAGGGCAUCGAAGGUCCGGGAAGCUUCACUUUCUUCGCCCCAAGUAACCAGGCCUGGGAAGCACUGCCAACGGAGAUCCUGGAUGCUCUGGUGAGCAACGUGAACAUCGAGCUGUUGAAUGCUCUUCAGUACCACAUGGUGAAUCGCCGGCUGACCUCCGAGGAGUUGAAGCACGGAUCCUCAUUCCCCUCCAUGUACCAGGACUUCCACGUCCACAUACACCACUACACCAAUGGGAUAGUGACAGUGAACUGUGCUCGUCUGGUCAAACCUGACCAACAUGCCACCAACGGCAUUGUGCACGUGGUUGACCGCGUCAUCAUUGCCGUCACCAACAACAUGCAAUCAAUCAUCGACAAUAACGACGACCUGGAGACUCUGAGUAUGGCCUUUGCUGCUGCAGGUCUCACCGCCAUGCUGGAGAGCGAGGGUCAGUACACUGUCUUCGCUCCCACCAACGACGCCUUCGAGAAGAUUCCUCGGGAGACCCUCAACAGGAUUCUGGGAGACCCCGUAGCUCUAAAAGACCUGCUGAACUACCACAUCCUGAAUAACAUUCAGUGUGCGGAGUCGAUCGUGUCAGGAACGCCGAUGGAAACGUUGCAGGGAACCAUGCUGGAGGUCGGCUGUGAUGGAGACCAGAUGACCCUGAACGGCAAGGCCAUCAUUACCAAGAAGGACCACCUGGGCACCAAUGGAGUCAUCCACUACAUCAGCGAGCUGCUCAUCCCUGACUCAGCUAAAACUCUCCUGGAGCUAGCUCAAGAUUCAUCUGUUUCCACUGUGACCAGGCUGUUUGUCGAAGCCGGUCUGACCCCCCACCUGACGGGAUCUGAGGCUCUGACCAUGAUUGCUCCUCUGAACGAUGCUUUCAAAGGAAGUGUGACAAUGACUCCCAGCAUGAAAAAAUUAAUGAGCAAUCACAUCUUGAAGGAGCAGCUGUCAUCCAAGUCUCUAUACCAUGGGCAGGAGCUGGAGACGCUGGGAGGCCUCAAACUCAGAGUCUUUGUCUACAGAAAAAACCUGUGCAUCGAGAACGCCUGCAUCGCUGCUCACGACAAAGUUGGACGCUACGCCACCAUGUUCACAGUGGACAGAGUCCUCACUCCGCCAAUGGGAAACAUCAUGGACGUCCUGAAGGCUGACGACCGCUUCAUCAUGCUGGUCAAUGCCAUCCAGACAGCAGGUAUGACCGAGCUCCUGAACCAGCAGGAGCCGUUCACCUUCUUCGCUCCCACCGACGAGGCCUUGAGGGCGCUGCCGCAGGAUGAGCUCAGCAGGCUGAUGCGUGACCCUCAGCAGCUGUCAGGUGUGCUCAAGUAUCACCUGGGGAAGGGUAUGGUGGUCAGCGGAGGGGUCUCCUCUCACACCAGAUUCCAGACUCUGCAGGGGGAGAAGCUGGAGCUGGCUAUGCGUAACUACACGGUUUACGUCAACAAAAUCCCCGUGACCGACACCGACCUGAUGGCGACCAACGGAAUCGUCCACGCCGUCAACAGCGUCAUCCGACCUCUGCCUCCGAAGGUGGACAGAGAGCAGAGCGACGGGCCUGCAGAUCCUCUCAGAGCCGCCGCCACCUCACGGGUGAGAAAGGCAGACUCCAGAGGCUUCAGGAACGACGAGCUCUUCCAGAAGGUUCUCAACAGCCGCUCCAGCAGGACGAUGAACCAAAGGCAGUAACGCCGCCGAGAGGAGAGAAGAGGAAGAGGUUCUCACUCCAGAGGGUGAAAGGUCACAUGUUAAAUCCUCUGCUGAGGCUGUGAGAGGAUCUGAACGCGAUUUUCUGGAGAAGAAGAAAUGUGUGUGAAGACUUUUUUUUUUUUUUUAUCAAACCCGUGUUGUUAUUUCUAUGUGCUGUAAAAAAUAUAUCACAGCUCGUUUUUACUUCCCAAAUUCAGAGUGUGGAGUUUUGUAAAGUGUGUUUUGUACUCGUGUCGUUCUGCAGCAUGUUGGAGCUCGAACCCAACAAAGAGCUGAUGGUUUCUGUGUGUGUGUGUGUGUUUUGUAAAAUAAAACCGAAAAGUGAGACCACACAGCAUA